GUAAUACUACUAGAGAGAGUACUGCAACUACUACAGGACCUGAAAAUGACUACACAAUCUCCAAACACUAACAUCCUGGGGGUGGACUUCAAGCCGGCGCAGAACAACCCGCUGCACCACACGGGGGCGCUGUCCAAACACCUGCUCAUCGUGAGGAGAGGACAGAGCUUCAGCAUGCACAUCCAGUUCAACCACCCGUUCAUCAGCGGCCUACACAAGCUCAUCUUCACUGUCACCACGGGGCUGUAUCCAGGAGAGGACAUAGGAACCAAGUGCGUGUUUGGGCUCCCAGAUUUGGUGAAUCGCUCGGCUAAAGCUAAAGCCAUCUGGAGCGUCGUCAUGGAUACCAGAAUGUCCUAUCUGGAAAUGGGAAACCUACAUCUAACCGUCACUCCCCCGGCGAACGCUCCAGUGGGAAAAUACCUACUGUUUCUGGAUGAGGCAGGAGAGCAGAAGGAGCUGGGGUCUCUGGUGGUGCUCUUCAACCCCUGGUGCCCAACUGACUGGGUGUACAUGCCAGAGGAGGCCGACCGUCAGGAGUACGUGAUGAACACACACGGGAUCAUUUACAAAGGGACCGGGAACUACAUCACCUCCAUGGCCUGGGACUUCGCACAGUUCGAGGAGAAGAUGGUGCAGAUCUGCCUGAUGCUCUUGGACCUGAGCCACAAACACCUCAAAGACCCGGCGGAUGACGUCUCGGCUCGCUGUAACCCCAUCUACGUCAGCAGGAUCAUCAGCGCCAUGAUAAACAGUGAGGAUGACCGCGGCGUGCUGAUGGGCCGUUGGGGUGACAACUUUACCGGAGGCACGCCCCCGUCUCACUGGAGCGGCUCCUAUCCCAUCCUCCUUCGCUGGCUCACUAUCAACUGUUACCCUGUCAAGUUCGGACAGUGCUGGGUCUUCGGUGGAGUGAUGUGCUCAGUGAUGCGUUUCUUCGGGAUCCCGUGUCGUGUGAUCACAAACUACCAGUCUGCCCACGACAACGACAGAAACCUGCUCAUAGACGUGUACCACCCCGACUAUGGGGUCCGGGACAUGCCCUCUAAGGACAGUGUGUGGAACUACCAUGUGUGGGUGGAGGGCUGGAUGAAGAGACCUGAUCUUCGUCCUGGAUACGACGGGUGGCAGGUGCUGGACCCGACCCCUCAGGAGAGAUCUGAAGGAGUGUUUUGGUGUGGUCCCGCCCCAGUCAAAGCCGUUCUAAAUGGAGACACAGAUCUGAAAUACAACGUCCCAUUUGUGUUUGCGGAGGUCAACGCAGACUGUGUCGACUGGCUGGUAAAAAGGGACGGGUCCAAGGUGAAGAUUUUCUCAGAUUCAAAACGAGUGGGUCAGAACAUCUCCACCAAGUCUGUGGGCUCCGACAAACGCUUGAACAUCACCAGCAACUACAAGCACGCAGAAGGAAGUGAAGAGGAGCGAGCUGUCUUUACAUACGCCUUGACCAGAGAUUAUUCCAAAGUUGACAAGGAAGAGGAAGACGAGGAAGAAGAGUCCCAAGAGCCCACCCCAGAUCGCCAAACCCCGUCUGAACGCAGCACCACAACUGUGAACGGAGGGGGUCUGAACGGGCCCCUGGUGAACGGGACUGGGCACGGGUCCUCCAGUAGCAUCGUCGAGAAUGGAAGAGACAACAUCACUGUCUGUCCUCCACCUCUACCUCCACGUCCACAAAUCACCAUGAAAUUCCAAGAGGUGUCUAAACCGCUGAACGGUGAGGAUGUGAAGGUGAACCUGGUGCUGCACAGUGAUGGUCUCGUGCCCAGAAUUCUGGCCGUCAACGUGAGCGUGAUCGCCAUGAGCUACAACGGAUCUCCUCUGUCCACCAUCCAGUCCGAGCUCAAGGAAGGAGACUCUGCCACCCGGAGAAGGUACAGCAAGAGGAGGAGGAGGGACCUGAUUAUCCCUGCAGUAGUAUCUUUCUCUGAGUACUGGCAGCCCAUGCUGAACAGCGACGUGAUGAAGAUCUCCGCUGUGGUGUCAGACACCAACGCCCCAGAUCAGGUGUUCCUGGCAGAGACCGACCUGGUGCUGAUCGAUCCGCCCCUAGAGAUCAAGUUGCUGAAUGAACCUCGAGUGUUUCGUGAGGUCGUCCUGCAGGUUUCCUUCGUGAACCCUGUGGGUGAGACUCUGAAGGACUGCAGCCUCACUCUGUCCGGGAGCGGUCUGUGGAGAGAGGAGCAGCACGUCAGCCUGCCUGAAAUUAGUCCGAAGAGCAAAGUGAUUGUGAACGUGUGUUUUUACCCCUAUCAAUCCGGAGUGAAGACUUUGGUGGCGGACUUUGACUGUUCUAUGUUCAGGGACAUCAAGAGCACCCUCGGCAUCCCGGUGAAAGACAGCAUUUUCUUCAGAUUCUAAUCCAGCAAUCGU